AUGGAACGUCCCGGGUUCAUAGAGACACCUGGCCGCCGAGUUACUCGUAGCAGUACCGCGUUGGCCACAGAAACCAGUGCAGAUGAUGUGUCCGACUCACCGGCUGACAUUCCAGUACCACCCAAGUCCUCGACUCGACGACGUACCGCCGCAAAUGUCAAGGUUGAAGAUGUUUCGGACGAGGAGACAAAGACAGUUGCGACCAAUGGACGGGCCGGAGACAAUGAGAAGCCGGAGACCGUUGACACCAAUGGACACGCCAAUGGUUCGAGUGAAAAGAAGUCGCGCAUUGUCGACGGCUGGGAAGAGGGCAAGGACCCCAAGAUCGAUUACAGCGGUCAUUUCGAAUUUGGGGGUUCUUUGGGUGUCUUGUCCAUGAUGAUCGGGUUCCCGUUGCUGAUGUACUACAUGUGGAUUGGAGCCACAUACUACGAUGGCAAGUUCCCUCGCGCGGCCGAAGGACAGAGCCUGUCUGAGUUCUUUGCCCACAUGGGUAACCUGGUGUAUGAGGGCGCUUUCCCAUCGAUCAAGGCUUGGACAAUCUACUGGGUUUUCUUCAUCUUCGAGGGUGCUUGCUACGUGUUGCUCCCUGGUGUAACUGUCAUUGGUCGGACUCUCCCUCACCUGGGAGGCAAGCAGCUGCCCUAUUACUGCUCUGCUGUCUGGUCUUUCUACACCAGCAUUGUCCUGGCGUUGGCCCUGCACUUCACUGGAGUCUUCAAACUGUAUACCAUCAUCGAUGAAUUCGGACCCCUCCUUAGUGUUGCAAUCAUUUCCGGCUUUCUAGUAUCGUUCAUCGCGUACUUCUCGGCUUUGGCUCGUGGUGCAGAGCACCGUAUGACUGGCUACCCGAUCUACGACUUCUUCAUGGGUGCAGAACUCAACCCGCGUAUGUUCGGAAUCCUGGACUUCAAGAUGUUCUUUGAAGUUCGCCUUCCCUGGUACAUUUUGUUUUUCCUCUCCCUGGGUGCUGCGGCCAGACAAUACGAGGUCUACGGCUACGUUUCGGGAGAAGUUGGCUUCGUUCUGAUGGCACAUUUCCUGUACGCAAACGCCUGCUCCAAGGGCGAGGAGUGCAUUGUUUCAACUUGGGACAUGUAUUAUGAGAAAUGGGGUUUCAUGUUGAUCUUCUGGAACCUUGCUGGUGUGCCGUUGAGCUACUGCCACUGCACCAUCUACCUUGCCAGCCACGACCCAUCUGAAUACCAUUGGAACCGCUACUUCUUGGUGUUCAUGUACGCUUCGUAUCUGUUUGUGUACUGGGUUUGGGACACAACCAACAGCCAGAAGAACCGCUUCCGUCAGCAGGAGCGUGGUACCAUGGUGUCUCGAAAGACAUUCCCUCAACUCCCGUGGCAGACUCUGCAAAACCCCAAGACCCUCACAGCCGAAGAUGGCUCUAAGAUCUUGGUUGACGGAUGGUAUGGCAAGGCUCGCAAGAUCCACUACACCUGCGAUCUCUUCUUUGCUUUGAACUGGGGUCUCAUCACCGGGUUCAGCAGCCCCUUCCCGUGGUUCUAUCCUCUUUUCUUUGCCUGCAUGAUUUCCCACCGUGCUCUGCGUGAUAUCCAACGCUGUCGCAACAAGUAUGGUGAGACCUGGAAGGAGUACGAGAGACAGGUUCCUUACCUAUUUAUUCCUGUGAGCCUUUAUGUAUUCCACCCAACUAUUCCCGGCUACCCCAAGGCACGGUUCCCCGGAGUAGUUGUGUUUAGUGAGAUCUACCAGGUGACCGGUCCUGUCGCGCGGUUCGCGAGACAAAUCGCCGGCCAAGGAUACAUCUGCGUUGCUCCUUCAAGCUACCAUGAAUUCACCGGACCGGAGCCUUUGUCAUACAACGCCGAAGAUACGGACAAGGGAAACCUCUGGAAAAUCAGCAAGAAAUUGGCGGCCUAUGAUGAAGAUGCCUCGCUAAGUGUCGACUACCUGCUUUCGCUCCCCACAUGCAAUGGACGAGUUGGUGCAACCGGCAUGUGUCUGGGUGGUCAUCUUGCAUAUCGCUGCGCGUUGGAUAGCCGGAUCAAGGCAGCGGUGUGUUACUUUGCUACGGAUAUUCAUAGCAAAACUCUUGCGGAGGGAAAGAAUGAUGACAGUUUGGCCCGCGCGGGAGAUAUCAAGGGCGAGUUACUGAUGAUCUUUGGAAAGAACGACACCCAUGUUCCACCCGAGGGACGUGAUUUGAUCCGCAAAACAUUGCAUGAGAAGGGAGUUCUGUUUGGAUUCUAUGAGGUGGCUUGGGCACAGCAUGCAUUUAUCCGAGACGAGCUCAGCAAGGGCCGAUACGACCCAGCGAUUACCAAGGUGUGCUUUGAGAUGUUGCUGGAAUUGUUUGGACGGACAUUGAAGUUGGAUCUGGGCGAGCACGAUGGCAAGGGAUUGGAAGUUGAGGAUGUGUGUUAA